AUGUAUCGCAGCUCUGAUCUCCCAAUUCCUGUGUCUUAUACGUCUACGAGCUACAAGGACAUCAUCAUCAGCCAUGUUCCGGCUGACGCACCUACAGCUACCAAGGUGAUCGUUAUCACGCUCAGCAGGCCUCAGAAGCACAAUGCCGUGAAUCAAAAUAUUCUCAAUGAGCUAGAGUCCGCUUACGACAUCUUAAAUAGAGAUGAGCGUGUGAGGGCCAUUGUGCUCACUGGAGCAGGGAAAUCCUACUGUGUGGGAAUGGAUCUCUCAGACGGGCCCAAGGGGCUUAUGAAGAUCAAGCAAAAUGAAGAGACAAUGAAGCAUUGGAAAGACCCAGGUGGCCGAGUCGCCUUGGCUAUGUCGAAUUGCAUCAAGCCAACGAUUGUUGCAGUGAACGGCGCGGCAGCAGGCUUCGGUCUUACUUCAAUGAUGUCGGCAACGAUCCGAGUAGCUUGGAAAGACGCCAAAAUCAGCAUGCCUUUUGCCCGCCGCGGUUUCACGAUGGAAUCUCUCAGCGCCUUUUACCUUCCCAAGCUCAUUGGACUUUCAAAAGCUAUGCAUAUAAUGACAACGGGUAACAUAUACUCUGCAUCCGAUCCCAUGGUUAGCGGCCUCUUUUCAAAGCUCUGUUCAACCCCAGAGGACACGCUCAAAUACGCCAUUGAGACAGCAAUUGAUAUAGCUGAGAACACAUCGCUUACGAGCACCAAGAUGAUGAGAGAUUUGAUGUUGUAUUGCCCCAGUACGCCUGAAGAAACGCACAUACUAGACUCUAGAGUCUUUAUUGCAGCUGCAGGGUCGGCAGAUAACGUAGAAGGCAUCAAGGCGUUCAUGGAGAAGAGAAAGCCAGCAUUUUCUGGAGAUAUUGAUAGGGCUGCUUUGCCGUUCUGGCCUUGGUGGAAGCAGGGGGCAGAUGAAUCUAUCUCUGGACUCAAGGCCAAGCUAUAG